AAACCCCUCUUUCUCUUUGGUCUCUCCUUUUUAUUUAUAUAUUUAGCUUUUCGUUUUGGCUGGCCUCUGGGUUCAAGCCAUUUUUCUCAGCCAAACUUUUCCCACCGCCUCUCCUUAUCAGCUGCUAUUAUUGGCUUCUUCCUUUUUUAGGGUCUUCUUCUCAAGAAUGAGCUGAUUGUACUCACAGAAGAAUUCAUUGUACCUCACUAGUGGUAGAGCCACUGUUGUCAAAUGGAUGCUAGUAGCAAUGGAAUAGCAGAAAGGAAGAGUACGAAUGGAGGAAGAGAAGUUGUCAUCAAUGUUUCCGGCGAGGAACCAUCAAGAGUUUCUUUUAAGAUGGAUUCACCAGAGACCGAGAAAGCAGUGUCCACCAACACCAACAAGAGCUCCUCUCCUGAAACCUCCAAGCAGCUUAUUGGUAGCCCUAACAAGCCUCCUAGAGCUCCUCCAAACCACCCGAGCAGCGAAGGUUUAACUCAGAGGAGAUCUUUUGCUAGAUCGGUUUACUCCAAACCCAAGUCCCGGUUUGUCGAACCAUCUACCCCCGUAGACGCAACUAACCUAGAGGGGGAAGUUAAGGAGCCGCUCGGUGCUGUUAUUUCCAUUAGCAGAGGUUCUCCGAACAACAAAUCAACAAGGAGCGCCGGUUCAGCAACGCCGAGCAAAGCAGCCGAGGUGGAGAAAGACGAAGACGAAGAGAUCUACAAGAAGGUGAAGCUCAGCAAAGAGAUGCGGAGAAGAGUGACCCCACUGACGUUGAUAGAGCUAGCUUUCUUUAUAGCGGUGUUAAGCUCCCUGGUCGCUAGCUUAACCAUCGACGUCCUCAAAACCUACACCAUGUGGGGGCUAGAAGUGUGGAAAUGGUGCGUGCUCGUGAUGGUCACGUUCAGCGGGAUGCUGGUGACGAACUGGUUCAUGCACCUCGUCGUCUUCCUCAUCGAGACCAACUUUCUCCUGAGGAGGAAAGUGCUCUACUUUGUGCACGGGUUGAAGAAGAGCGUGCAAGUCUUCAUAUGGCUCAGCUUGGUCCUCGUGGCUUGGGUGUUUCUCUUCAACCGCGACGUGCAUCGAUCCUCUACAGCCACGAAGAUCCUCACCGCUAUAACACGGACUCUCAUCUCCCUCCUCACGGGAGCCUUCCUCUGGCUGGUGAAAACGCUCUUGCUUAAAAUCCUGGCGGCGAACUUCAACGUGGUUAACUUCUUCGACAGGAUUCAAGAAUCUGUUUUCCACCAGUACGUGCUCCAGACGCUCUCCGGUCCUCCGCUUAUGGAGGAGGCGGAGAGGGUCGGGCGGGAGCCGAGCACGGGGCAUUUGAGUUUCACCAGCGUGGGGAAGAAAGGAACGGUUAAAGGGAAGAAAGUGAUUGACAUGGGGAAAGUUCAUAGGAUGAAGCGUGAGAAAGUAUCUGCGUGGAAUAUGAGGGUUCUUGUCGAAGCCGUUAGGACUUCUGGUCUCUCUACGAUCUCUGACACGUUGGAUGAGACGGCUUACGGUGAUGGGAAAGAGCAGGCUGAGAAAGGAGAGAUUACUAGUGAGAUGGAGGCUUUGGCUGCUGCUUACCAUGUCUUUAGAAAUGUCGCUCAGCCUCUCUGCAGCUACAUAGAGGAAGAAGACCUGCUUAGGUUCAUGAUUAAAGAAGAGGUUGAUCUCGUGUUCCCUUUGUUUGACGGUGCUGCUGAGACCGGGAGAAUCACCAGAAAAGCUUUCACAGAAUGGGUGGUUAAGGUGUACACUAGCAGGAAAGCUCUAGCACAUUCCUUAAACGACACAAAAACAGCGGUUAAGCAGUUAAACAAACUCGUGACAGCGAUCUUGAUCGUUAUUACGAUCGUCAUUUGGCUGCUGCUACUAGAAGUAGCAACGACCAAAGUUUUGCUGUUCUUCUCCACUCAACUCGUUGCUCUUGCUUUUAUAAUCGGAAGCACUUGCAAGAACCUCUUUGAGUCCAUUGUGUUUGUCUUCGUCAUGCAUCCUUUUGAUGUCGGUGAUCGCUGCGUUGUCGACGGUGUCCCGAUGCUGGUUGAAGAAAUGAAUCUGUUAACGACGGUGUUCUUGAAACUCGACAACGAGAAAGUGUAUUAUCCGAACAGUGUUUUGGCCACGAAACCGAUAAGCAACUACUUCAGAAGUCCAGAUAUGGGAGAAACUGUGGAGUUCUCUAUCGCAUUUUCAACACCAGUCUCUAAGAUUGCACAUCUCAAAGAAAGAAUCGCUGAGUACUUGGAGCAGAACCCGCAGCAUUGGUCACCGAUACACACGGUGGUGGUUAAGGAGAUAGAGAACAUGAACAAGCUGAAGAUGGCUCUAUACAGCAACCACACCAUCACGUUUCAGGAAUACAGAGAGAGGAAUAUCAGAAGAACCGAGCAGUCUUUGGCGAUUAAGAAAAUGUUGGAGGAUCUUCACAUCGAUUACACUCUCCUUCCUCAACAAGUCCUUCUCACCAAGCUCGACAAAAAUUAGAGUAGAAAACUGGUUUGGUUUUUUACUUUUUUUACUAAACCGUUUUUUAAGAGAUUAUUAUCAAAUGUUGCAGUACUCUGUUUUAUCUUAGACUUUUUAGAGUAGAAGAUGAAAUCAAUAUUCCAAAACUCCUAAACCGACCCAAGUCAGUUCCCCAUAUUUUAACAUAUAAGACCUCGGGAAUCACAUUGGUCUGAUA